AUGCGUUCCCUUCGACGACUGACCAAUCUCUCGGCCUCCUCGUCGCUCACUACUCCUACCAGUUUUUAUAAAAGUUGUUCUUGGAACAAUACGAAUGCCGGGGGGGUGACUCUUCUGUCCUCGUCUCGGUUGAUGACGACGACGUCUUCACCUCCUCCUUCCCCGAAAGGUUUUUACGAACUCCGUCGGUAUAAAAUCCCACCGGCUAAACGGGCGGAAUACAUCAAACUCUGCGAAGAGUCCAGCCAAUUGAGGAAGAAACUGACGCAAAACGGGUUUUGCGGUUUCUACGUUCCCGAAGUCGGCUCGGAGUUAAACACUGUCACGCACGUUUACCACUACGAGGAUUACGACCACCGAGACAAAGUUCGUUCAGAUAUGCGCAAAAACGAGGAGUGGCAAAAUUUUUUACGCAAGAGUUUAGGGAUGGUGGAAGAGCAAACGAGCGAGGUGUACAUCGAAGCAGCGGUGGCGACGAAGAGCGCCGGCUUACACGUGAAUAGUUUUAAAGAGAAAGCUUCGAAAGAUGAGGAUUCCAACGCUUCUUCUUCAAUCUUUGAGAUCCGAACGUACACGUUACAGUUAGGCUACAAUCCGAUACCGAAGAUGCAAAACUUAUACGCCGAAGGUUUACCGUCUAAAAUUGCCUCAGAUACGGAAAAAUUAAGCGAACUCGUUUGGAUUGGAUACGCAGACGUUGGAGAUUUAAAUAAAUUCGUGGAAAUUUGGAAGUAUCCGAGCUACCAAUCGCACAUCAAAGUCAGAGAAGCGGCGAGGACGGCGGACGCUUGGCGAGAAACCAUCGGGAAAAUAGCGCCAAUGGUGACGCAUUUUAACACGACGUUGUGCAGUGCUGCGCCGUUUUCACCGGUAAAAUAG